AUGGGUCCAACCCCCGUUCUUGACCAAUUCCUUGGCAGCCUUGGGGAGUUGGUCCAGAAUCGCGAUGGUGCCAAGGUGCAGGACUUCCUUCAAAUUGAGCCACCACUGUCGGAAAUUUACGUGCGCAUGAUCGAGGAAUUACGAAGCAACUUUACUCCAGGCCCUCAAUCAGAUGCCGAACUUCUUCGACGAUGUGAACGCCUUGUACCGCGAACCAAGGGUAGCUCGUGGACCGCUUUUCCCACAUUUCUCAAGCUUUACCUGACCUUUUUGCGCGAUGUGAAGACGGAAAAUUUGCUGGAGACAUACAACUUGUUGAAAGCGUUGCUCAACCAAUGUGUGCUUGCCCUUGGAGAUAGUCAGAUGGGCGUUGUUGUUCUUCCUACUGUUCUAUAUCUAUCGAAAGUCCUGGCGAAAUUAGCAAUGGGUCUCGACCGUCGGCCGGACUUGAUCGCGCACAUCCUACGCAUGGAAGGACAAUCAGACCAAGAUGACUCCAUCGAGAAAGUUACUUUGGUGGAGAAAUCAGCCAACGUCGUGCGCGAAGCCUUCAUCAAGUGCCUUACUGACCGUACCGGCACCCCUGGCCCGCAUGGUAAGCCAGAAGGCAAACGGAUCGGAAUCUAUCUCAUGGCCAAUUUGUGCUUGAAACUCCUCUUCCAGUGCGGCAAGCUUCGAAACGCCGAGCAGAUGUUCGCGAGUAUCACCGCCCAAUCACCGCCCUUGGCCUACUUUCCUGCAUCGCAGCGUGUUACCUAUCUAUACUACCUCGGUCGCUAUCUAUUCGCCAAUAACCUCUUUUUCCCGGCCCAGACAGCCCUGCAGGCUGCUUAUGAUCAAUGCCACCGCCAGGCUACAAGCCAACGACACCUCAUCCUUACCUAUCUCAUACCAUGCAACAUCAUACUCGGCCGAUUCCCAUCCAGGACUCUUUUACAACGACCGGAGGCACAAGGUCUUUCAGACCGAUUUGGACCUCUAUGUCGAUUGAUUACCCGAGGAGAUUAUCUUGCCUUCCGGCAGCACUUAUCUCUCAGCUCACCAGCCGCUGAAUGGUUCGCCCGCAAAGGAAUUUUGCUGACCCUCCGCAAUCGAUGCGAGAUUCUUGUAUGGCGCUCUUUUGCGCGCAAGGUUUUCAUCAACGGAGGCUUCCAUGGAGAUCCGCAGGCGCAGGCGCAACGCGGACCUCCCCCGUACCUCUACCUCAAUAAAGCUGUUGCAGCAACGCGAUGGCUUCAAUCGCAACAUGGAAUCCCCGCGAAUGGCUCGACUGGUGCCACAACCCUCAACAAAUAUGGUUCACAGGUCAUUGUUGAACCCAUGGACUCCGAGUACGCCGGCCUGUCAGAGGAGGAUGGGACUACUGGUCCCCAAGAUAAUGAAAUUCUGGCGGAAUAUGGCGACUACAUUGCUCCAAAUGGGUUCUACAACGAGGAAGGCCACUGGCAGCCUAGUGAAAGCGGCCAAUUGGUGGAUGGUGAGCCAUAUGAUGAUUACGCCGACUGCGAUAUUUACCCAUACUCCAACGACCCUCAAGACAGCAAACAUUCACAUAUGCCGUCUCCUCUGAUGCGAGAAAUUGAGUCGAUAUUUGCAUCUCUUCUGACACAAGGUCUGAUGCGUGGAUACCUCACUCACCGCAACCCUCGAUUCGCUAUCCCGGGUGCCAGAAUCCGAGGCGCUUUACCAACAGGCUUCCCAAAUGUCUGGCAGACCAUCUUCACACAUGAGAGUGAAGACUCUAGCGUUCCUGGCUGGGUUCAGCCUCCGGCGAUAGGGCUCAACACGCUUAGGACAAACGGUACAGCUGGAGGAGCUACAGGAGCUGGGGCGGGGGGAGGUGGCCGCGUGGUUAAUCUUUCAGGAGCCCGCCCAGUGGGAGUUCAAUAA